ACACAUAAGUUUUGUGCUUCGAAUAUCGAUAGUCUUCGAGGAUUGCUUGAGCGUGCCAGUUUGUGUAACCACGAUGACGGACGCAGAAGAUGCCGUACGACGCCGUAAUGCGGUGGCAGAUUAUCGAAAGAAACUUCUUCAGCACAAGGAAUUGGAAUCCAGAGUGCGAUCCGUCAGGGAGAAUUUGCGAGCUUCAAAGAAAGAGUUCAAUAAAACUGAAGAUGAUUUGAAGUCUCUUCAAAGUGUUGGGCAGAUCAUUGGCGAAGUUCUAAGGCCUCUUGACAAUGAACGCUUGAUAGUUAAAGCAAGCAGCGGUCCCAGAUAUGUGGUUGGCUGCCGUAGUAAAGUGGAUAAGGAAAAAUUAACUUCUGGGACAAGAGUGGUUCUUGACAUGACAACACUCACCAUAAUGCGUGCUCUUCCUCGAGAAGUUGAUCCAGUGGUUUACAAUAUGCUGCAUGAAGAUCCCGGUAAUGUCAGUUACUCAGCUGUUGGUGGGUUAUCUGAUCAGAUCAGGGAAUUGAGGGAAUCAAUUGAACUCCCUCUGAUGAAUCCUGAGCUCUUUCUUCGGGUUGGAAUUAAACCUCCAAAGGGUGUUCUCCUUUAUGGGCCUCCUGGUACUGGUAAAACAUUGUUGGCCAGGGCAAUUGCCAGUAAUAUAGAUGCUAACUUCCUAAAGGUUGUUUCAAGUGCUAUUAUUGAUAAGUACAUUGGAGAAAGUGCCAGGUUAAUAAGAGAGAUGUUUGGUUAUGCACGUGAUCACCAGCCCUGCAUCAUUUUUAUGGAUGAAAUCGAUGCCAUUGGUGGUCGUCGUUUCAGUGAGGGAACAAGUGCAGAUCGUGAAAUUCAGAGAACACUAAUGGAGCUGCUUAAUCAACUUGAUGGAUUUGAUCAACUUGGGAAGGUUAAAAUGAUAAUGGCAACAAACCGACCUGAUGUACUUGACCCUGCUCUCCUGCGUCCUGGGAGAUUGGAUAGAAAAAUAGAAAUUCCACUGCCAAAUGAACAAUCAAGGAUGGAAAUUCUUAAGAUUCAUGCUGCUGGAAUUGCUAAGCACGGUGAAAUAGACUACGAAGCAGUUGUGAAGCUUGCAGAGGGAUUUAACGGGGCUGAUCUUCGAAAUGUCUGCACGGAAGCUGGAAUGGCAGCAAUUCGUGCAGAGCGUGAUUACGUGAUCCACGAAGAUUUUAUGAAGGCUGUUAGGAAACUGAACGAGGCAAAGAAACUUGAAUCUAGUGCACACUACAGUGCUGAUUUUGGUAAAGAGUAGAAUCUACUGCAAAAUUCUUGCAGAGCCAUGGAUAUCGAGGCAGUGCAUCUCGAGUUGGAAAUACCUUGUGCAAGUUAUUCAUUCGUAAAGCUAAGUGUGUUGUCCCCUUUGGGCUGUGACUUGUGCUGUCCACAUUCUAAAUUUGGAAGGAUAACUUGUCAAACAGUGAAUGGAUGUUCAAUUGAUUUGUAUUAUCGUUGUUCCUCUUUUUGUUUCUGGAUUGUAGAAGUGCGGCUCACAUAUUUAUACUAGGCCUUGGCACCUUUUAUAUAAAAAAAAUUAAAAUUUCUAUUUUU